AAAAUACUGAUUUAUUGGCUGGAAUCUUAGAAGCUGCUAACCAUGAAGAAUACAGGUACACAAAUAAAGAACUUAGAGAUGAUAUAGUUGUUCAUUUUGCUGCCGGACAUGACAGCAACGUUGCUUUUUAUCAUUUAGCAAAAUAUCCAGCUAUUCAAAAAAAAGCUAGAGAAGAAGCAAUUAAGGUUUUAGGAAGUACUUCAAAAUUACCAACUUUUGAUAAUAUUAAGGACCUAAAAUACAUAACGGCAAUAAUUAUGGAAUCGCUUCGCAUGUAUCCACCAGUAGUACAACCAUUAUUUCGUACUCCUACUAGACCAUUAAAUUUAUCGAGAAACAUUACGAUACCGAAAGGAGUAAAUAUUACAGUGAACUUUUGGCAAAUUCACAGAAAUCCGAAUCUUUGGAAUGAUGUUGAUAAAUUUAUACCUGAAAGGUUUAUCAAUCAUGAAAAAGAGAUGAAAAAUAAUUGGGUUCCAUUUUCUGGUGGGCCUAGAAAUUGCAUUGGCCAAAAUUUUUCAAUGAUGGAACAAAAAGUUAUUAUUGCAAUGACACUACUUAAUUUUGAGGUCUCCUUACCUCAGAAUACUCAACACGCUGAUAAAAUAUUACUAUCAUCAUCCUUAAUGCUGCAUCCCAAAAAUUUAGAACUUGUAUUUUCAAAGUUGAAGUAG